AAAAAAAGCAUAGUGCUUGAAUAUUGUGGCCAUAGUAGCCCGUGAGUCGUCACUUCACGUCCUUUCCCGCCAGCAAGAAGGUGGGAAGUUCUAUUCCGUGCACAUUCAAGCCCAGCCAGGGCUCUGAAUACAUCGCCUGCACGUCAAAUCCGCCCAUCCAUCUUCUUUCUACUUCAUUUCGCCAUAAUGGCACCUUCUAUGUACAGCAAGGACGAGAAGGUCCUCUGUUUCCAUCAUGAAAUCCUCUACGAUGCCAAGAUUCUGGAUGUCCGCCACAAAGACCCCAACGACAAGAAAAGUCCGUUUGAGUAUCAAGUCCACUACAAGGGCUGGAAAAACACAUGGGAUGACUGGGUCCUAGAAGACCGUCUCCGGAAGCACACAGAAGACAACCGCGAGCUGGCCAACAACCUGCGCCGCGAAGCCGAAGCAUCAAUCCGCCAGAAAACCACCAAGGCGUCCGCAAAGAAGCGCGCCACUUCCGACCGUAGCUCUGUGCGCGACAGCGAAGAACGCGGCAACUCCGUGCCGGGCCGUGGCACAAAGCGAGCCCGGGACAACGACAUCGAAAAGGAAGAAAGCUUCAACAUGCGCCCCUCAGUCCGCAUCGUGAUGCCCGACAACUUAAAGUCCCUGCUAGUCGACGACUGGGAACAGGUAACCAAGAACCAAUGUGUGGUCUCCUUGCCAGCGCGCAAUCCCGUGCGCCAGAUCCUGCAGGAUUGGUAUGAGGAAGAGCAGCCGAAGCGAACCAGCUCGGCGGCUGACCAGGACGUGCUGGAGGAAGUGGUUGCCGGACUCCAGGAGUAUUUCGACAAGUGCCUGGACAAGAUCCUUCUGUACCGUCAUGAGCGUGCGCAGUACCGUGGUCUGCGGAAGAAGUUCGAGGCUGCGACCGGGGAGUUGGCUAACAAGGGGCCUAUUGAUGUCUAUGGAGCUGAGCACUUGAUCCGUCUUUUCAGCACCAUGCCUGAGCUUAUUGCUCAGACAAACAUGGAUAUGCAGGCGACUAACCGUCUGCGUGAGGAGAUUUCUAAGCUUGCUAUGUGGUUGAGCAAGCAUUCGGAGAAGUACUUCACCACGCAGUACUUGACCGCGGAGAAUACUCACUGAGUACGUCCUGGUUUUUACGUUCUUGUUUCAUGAUGGACGGGUGGCCUUCCCAGUAAUUGAUAUCAGUUUGAAUUUGAAUCGAGUAGUGUCCAGCAUCCGAUUUUGUUUUUACUUUU